AUGAAGUUCUCUACCAUCUUCGCCGGUGCCCUCGCCGCUGUUGCUUCCGCCGCUCCCACCGAGAAGCGCGGACAGCUGGACAUCUCCCAGCUCAACAACCUGCAGAAGUUCAACUCCCUGGACGUCAACUACCUGAACGUCAUCAACUCCCUGGACCUGCAGCUCCUCAACACCCUGGCUGUCCAGAACAACUUCAACGCCCUGGCCUUCCAGGGUCUGUUCCAGGGCAACUCCUUCGACGUCAACCAGCUGCUCCAGCUCCAGCAGCUCCAGACCCUUCUCCAGCUUGGUCAGGUUGGUGUCUUCAACACCUUCGACCUCUCCACCCUGAACCUCCAGGCCCUGCAGCUCGGCCUCAUCAACAACGUCGGUUCCUUCGAUCUGUCCUCGCUCAUCGAUGCUUCCUUGGUCCCUCAAAUCACUGCCAUCUCCGAGCAGACCGUUGUCGUUGCUAAGGAGUAA